AUAGGCUUUUUUGAGUUUGGGCAAGGACACAGGGGCCCCAUGAUCCCCUAUUGCCCGGGGGCCCCAUGAGUUGUCAGUCCGCCCCGGGUCAAGGAGCACAGAUUGGGGACCCAAGAAGAGGAGGACUGGGGCUACUCUGUGCAAAACCAUUACACAGAGCAGCGCUGAUUCAAUAUCUUGCUAAUCCGAUAAUUGAUAGUUGACAGCUAAAUCUUUUUCCCAAUGUUCCAUAUAAGGGAGUUUUCAAUUCAGGUCAGUGAGGAGAGCAU